AAGCAAUUCAAAUCCUCCCAAAAAACAAAACGGAGCCAAAAGAAAAUAAAAUAAAAUCCUAUCCCAACAUAAUUUCCAGUUUUUAUUUUUCAACUCAAUAAUCAUCAUUAAUUAUUAAAAAAAUAUUAUAAAUAUUCUGUGUGUUUCUUUUAGUUGGUUUCUAACUCAUAAAACUCCCACAAACCUCACCAGCUUCCAACCUAACACACUUAAUUGUCUAAAAAAUAAAGAAAUCUUUUCUUUGCUGACAAAAAAUUCUUUCAUUCUUGCUUCACUUCUGUUCAUAGCUCUCAUAUCCCUCCCCCUCUUUUCAUCAAAAUUCAUGAAUUCUAUUUGAUUCAUUCAUUCUUUUCUUCAUCUCGAACUGUAUAUUCUCAUCAUUGUUUCUCUGUUCAUAGAGAGGGUCUUGAAGAAAGGUUGAUGAUUCUUCUGUACAGUCACUGAUUCUUGAUCUUUAAGCUUUCAGGUUCUUGCUUUUCUCUGGUAAUUAAUUCGAGAUUAGUUGACACCGUUUCAUACUUUAUUCUAUACUCAAAUUUUGAAAACUGGGGUUCAGAUUAACCAUGGUGGCAAGAUCAUACACCAAUUUGUUGGACUUAGCGUCAGGGAAUAUUUUAAACACCCCUCAAACUCCAAGAGCACUUCCGCGAGUUAUGACUGUUCCCGGAGUUAUCUCUGACGUAGAAAGCAAGCAAAGCAGUGAGGAUUCUUUCCAGUCGGAACAGCGUCAGAAGAUAAUUAUUGUAUCAAGUUUUCUUCCUCUUGAUGCUAAGAAGGAUAAGUCUUCUGGAAAAUGGAGUUUCAGUUAUGACAAGGACUCAAUUUUUUGGCAGUUAAAAGAUGGUCUCCCUCCUGAAGUUGAUGUUGUUUAUGUGGGAUCUCUGACGGUUGAUGUUGAUGCUAGUGAGCAAGAGCAAGUUUCUAAUCAGUUGCUGGAGGAAUUCAAGUGUGUGCCUACUUUUCUUCCUUCCGAAAUCGAGGAUCAGUUCUAUAAUGGAUUCUGCAAGCAACAUUUAUGGCCUCUAUUCCAUUACAUGCUGCCAAUGUAUCCAGGUUAUAGCAAUCGCUUCGAUAGGACACUGUGGCAGGCUUAUGUUUCUGCCAAUAAGAUAUUUGCAAAUAAAGUCACAGAGGUAAUUAACCCGGACAUAGAUUAUGUUUGGGUUCAUGAUUACCAAUUAAUGGUUCUUCCAACAUUCCUGCGAAAGCGUUACAGCAGGAUCAAGCUUGGUUUCUUCUUGCAUAGUCCCUUUCCUACAUCCGAGAUAUAUCGAACUCUGCCGGUCAGAGGUGAAAUUUUGAAAGCUCUGCUAAAUGCAGAUUUAAUUGGUUUUCACACAUUUGAUUAUGCUCGCCAUUUUCUCUCCUGCUGCAGUCGAAUGCUUGGCUUGGAAUACGAGUCCAAGAGGGGCUACAUUGGGCUCGAGUACUUGGGCCGAACAAUAUACGUCAAAAUAUUACCUGCUGGGAUUCAUAUGGGAAGACUUCAAUCUGUCUUAGACCAUACUUCUUCUACUACCAAAGCAAGAGAAAUCUAUGAACAAUUCAAGGGGAAACAACUUAUUGUUGGUGUUGAUGAUAUGGACAUAUUUAAAGGUAUAAGUUUAAAGCUCUUGGCCCUUGAACAACUCCUGGAGGAAUAUCCGACACUUCGUGGCAAAUUGGUCAUGGUCCAAAUCUUGAAUCCACUGAGGGGUUCUAGCAAGGAUAUUGAGGAUGCAAAGGAGGAGGCAUACAUCACUGCUAACAGGAUAAAUCAAACUUUUGGUUUUCAAGGUUAUGAACCUGUCAUCAUCAUCGAUCGCCAUGUUCCUUUCUAUGAGAAGGCAGCCUAUUAUGCUAUGGCAGAAUGUUGCAUUGUGAAUGCGUUGCGCGACGGAAUGAACUUGGUUCCGUACAAGUACAUUGUCUGCAGGCAGGGAAGUCCUAAAAUGGAUGAAGCUUUAGAAAUCGACCAUGAUUCUGAGAGGACGAGUGCACUUGUUGUUUCUGAGUUUAUAGGUUGCUCCCCAUCUCUCAGUGGAGCAAUCAGGGUGAAUCCAUGGGACAUUAGUGCUGUAGCUGAUGCUCUAUAUUCGGCUGUUACAAUGUCUAAUGCAGAGAAAAUUUUGCGGCAUGAGAAGCACUAUAGAUAUGUUAGUUCUCAUGAUGUGGCUUACUGGGCUAAAAGUUUUGAACAAGAUCUUGUGAUGUCAUGCAAGGAUCACCGUAGUAAGAACCAUUGGGGCCUCGGCUUCGGCCUGAAUUAUCGAGUCUUGUCCCUCUCUCCCAAUUUCAGGAAGCUUUCGGAUGGCCACAUUGUCUCUGCAUAUAAACGUACAAGUCACAGGGCAAUCUUUUUGGAUUAUGAUGGCACAGUUGUACCUCAAUCUUCCAUUGAUAAAUCACCCAGCCCUCAGGUUAUAUCGGUGCUGAAUGAUCUUUGCAGUGAUCCUAAGAAUACAGUGUUUAUUGUCAGUGGCCGCGGGAAAUCCUCAUUGGGUGAUUGGUUUGAUCAAUGCAAGAAUCUUGGUAUCGCAGCUGAACAUGGCUAUUUUAUCAGGUGGGGUAACAAGUCAAGCUGGGAAAUGAGCCACAUAAGCACAGAUUUUGCUUGGAAAAAGAUUGCUGAACCUGUGAUGAGGUCGUAUACCGAAGCCACUGAUGGCUCGUAUAUAGAGACCAAAGAGAGUGCCUUGGUGUGGCAUUACUAUGAUGCCGACCCGAAUUUUGGAUCUUGGCAAGCCAUGGAGCUUUUGGAUCACCUGGAGAGUGUUCUUGCAAAUGAGCCUGUGGUUGUUAAGAAGGGACAGCAUAUUGUUGAAGUCAUGCAUCAGGGAAUUACAAAAGGGCUAGUUGCACAAGACGUGCUGUCUAAGCUAGCCAGUGCUGGAAAAUCCCCAGAUUUUGUGCUGUGCAUUGGGGAUGACAGAUCCGACGAGAACAUGUUUGAGGCCAUAUUAACCAAAUCUUAUAAUGCAAACACCUCUGCAGCACCAGAAAUCUUUGCAUGUACCGUCGGGCAGAAACCAAGCAAGGCGAGGUACUACCUAGAUGAUACGGCCGAGGUGACGAUGCUACUUGAAGCUCUUAGUACUGCUUCAGAGCCUCUAACAGCAUUUUCUGCAGAAGCUCCUCCUCAAAAUGAAAAAUCUUGCUUUGAGAAUAUUGGUCACGUGCCUGAUUUAGUGUGACUAUAUUUUUCGUUUUUCGUUUUCUUGCAAGAAAUUAGUCUUGAUUAUAGAGGAUACUGCAGCUUUAGGUUCUAGAUAGUGAUAAUUAGGGGAAUUACAGUGAUUGGUUUUGAUUAGUAGGUAGUAACAAAAUCUAGGCAUUCUAGCUUCGGUAUGAACUAGAAAGGUUUAUAAAGGAUGAACACCAUUAAUAAAUCUCGAGUCAUGAAUUAUUUACCCUAUUUUUUUCACCGAGUAAAGUGUAAAUUGUGGAGAUUUCCAUGCUGCAUUGUGUAUAUUUUGUUUAGUGCUUAUAGCACAAUGGGAGUGCCGGAGAUGAUGCUUGAACUGUCUUUAUUAAACUUAAACACAUUAUAGCCGAAAGUCAGACACACAGUUGUCUAGGUGCCCUGGUU